CACUCUGAAUAAACAUUGAAUUUGUACAUGUUAGGACAGAUAAAAAUAUACACCUCCCAGUUACUAUAUCGUGAAUAUCGCCUUAUAUGUCACCGGGACGCCAUUAAAUCGUAGUUAAAUUGGCAAAACAAGGAAGGUUAAUAGACGUGAAAAUGUGAAUAUUGUUACGCGUUUAUAGGAUACAUGUUUUUGAAUGAAGGUUAUACGGAUAACUAGUGGUAACAGCUGUACGUUUGGUGAUCAAAUAACUAGUGAAAAUAAAGAUUUAUAUAUAUAAACACAAAUCGGGGUUGGAUUUCGUUGGAUAUUUCAAACACUGAAGUUUUUCGUCUGUACGUAACGACAAAGUUAUUUUAAGUACACCGGAAGACAGUGUAAUGUACAUAGUUUUUUCUCCGGAGGACUGAAGAGAAGUCAGCAGUUUUUAAUUUGAGAAGCCCAAGAGGAAGUUGUUUAAAAAUGUGUGACAUUUAUACUGAAAAAGUGGAGAUUAUCGUUUUAUUGUAAAGCGUUUCAAAGUAUUAUUUAUAGCUUGAUAUCUAAAUAUAGACAUUAAAUAAUGACAAUGUUUCAUGUUUUACAUAGACAUAAAUAUUUGUGAAAGUGUAUUUUUUUAAUUUUGUAAAUAAACGGCUAUACAGACGUAAGCUUUUCUAAAAUCUGUUAAGACGAUUAUAUUUUAUAACAGGAAGGAUAUUAAAGUCAUUGAUCCAUAGAAUCAAAGCGCUGAAUAACUGAAAACCAUAUUUUAAUAUUAAGACACGGCGGUACAAGAAACAAAGCGCACAUUGUAAAAAAAAUAAUUAGGAAUGAAGAAAGCCCAUCUGAACAAAUGGAGAAAAGAAAGACUAUUAAGCACAAACGACAAUCCACACGGUUGUGCCGAAACGAGCUGUCCAAAAGAGUCGUACCCGAGAAGUUACUCCAGCCAAUAUCACUAUGUAUUGAGUCUUAUACCUAUAUCACCGGCUCAUGGAGGAGAAUCAGGAACCGAUCAUACCUCAGACAUGGAUCUCAGUCAAGGAUCUCUGGACCUCUCACGUACAGGGCCUUAUUACAAAAGCCCUCCCAUCCCACAACCUCCACCGCUCACCAUGCGUCCGGUACAAAAUCAAUCCCCAAUUUCACCUGUACCGAACGGUCAACAGAACGGGUGUUUAGACUUAAGCCGCAGUGCCAACUCAACACCAAACACCUAUAUGCAUUACAGUGGAGGAACCUCGAUCAAUCUUAGCCAAGGAAUCACACAGGAGCAAUCCCAAUAUUAUCAGCUACCAAGAAUUAAAUUGGAACCAGGUUUGGGAAUAGAUCCAACCAUUACAUACAAACCGGAAAUGGAUUAUAAUCAUAAUGAACAUAUGACGUCACCAGCAAUACCAGUGCCUUCCCGUACAGCCUAUGACUUAUCUUAUGAACAAAAUAUUAAUGACAGAAUAAAAAACGAAGAAGAAGAAAUGAACACUGGUUGUGAGCAAGUGUCUCGGGACGCGGCACGUGAUAUGUCGUCUGAACCACGUGUCACGGUGGAAACAAUAAAUGCAAACUGUAUUCCGUUGACUGUGAUGUCACAAGAUGACGAAAACGACAGUGGUACAGAGAGUAUAGAUUCAAAAGAUUCGGAUGCCUGCAGUAAUCUAAAUAUCAAUGAAAAUGGAACAGGGCAGAAAACAGAUAGAAAACGCCCUGGUAGAAAGAAGGGUCAAGUGUCCAAAGUUUAUCAUUUGUGGGAAUUUAUCAGAGAUGUUUUGAACGAUCCUAGAUAUUGCGGUAAGGUUAUAAAAUGGGAGAAUGAGGAAGAAGGGAUCUUCCGGGUCGUCCAAUCAGAAACUGCAGCGUCUAUGUGGGGUCAAAAGAAGAACAACCGGACAAAAAUGACUUACGAAAAAAUGAGCCGAUCUAUAAGAUAUUCCAGAAAAGAGGGUUACUUUGAUGAUCUGCCAAAGGACAAAGGCUAUCCAAAGAAACUGUGUUUUAAGUUUGGAAAGAAAGCUCAUGGCUGGAAUACCACCAGAAAACCUGUCCUAACACAGAGUAACUGUGUCCCUCCAACAGUUUAGAGAAUAAUUAUGUUCAAAACUACGAGAUGUUUUAUUUGUGAUGCUUGCUAUGUUGGAAUGGAUUUACCGUUUUGUGUAAUAUGCAACAAAUUUUUGGAAAAAUGACAGAUUGUAUAUUAUUUGAGUGAGAUAGUACUGAAUUUGAUGAAACUGUAAGCAUUCUGCGUGUUGGACAGUGACUAGCAGAGAAAGUGAAAACGAUCUCAAGAUGAACUAUUGGAGAUAGGGUUGCUCAUUUGGACAGGACUGUUCAGUGCGAGCUUUUGCCGGUGACGGUUUGUAAAGAAGAGACAUUCUUUGUACAUUCCAUCAUCUCCUACAUCACAUCCAUCAUCAAACUGUAAUGAAUUUAGAUAGACCAUACACAUUUACCAUACACAUUGAAAUAAGGACUCCUCCAGAGUUACCUAACAUUUUUUCUGUGUGUUUAAUUACAUAUUUGUAUACAUAUGUACAUUAGAUUGAAGUAUACGGACGGAUUUAUUUUUACAUGAAUACAAUGACCACUUUUUACUUUGAUAUGUGAUAUGUUUAUAGAUUUUUAUGCAACAUUUUUCAGCGAUUUCCAAUGUUUAGAAACUGGAAUGUCAUAAAAUGCAAUGUUCCGUAUUUUCUGCUGUGAACAUUAUGUGGUGACUCGUGUUCUCUGCUGUAAUGUUUUAAUUUAUUCAUUUAUGCAACGUUUAUAAUAUGCAAACAUCAUAAAAGUUGUCUGAUAAUGUUUUGAUACAUUUUAACCCUUAGCCUGCAAAAUUUCUAAAAUGGACUGGUCCAGCAUUCAAUUUGGGCCAUACCACUUAUUAUUCAAAGGUGUGUUCACUGAAAAUUUACUGACUGAAUAGCGAACAGUGCAGACCAUGAUCAUCCUGCAGGCUGAUCUUGGUCUGUGCUGGUCGCAAAGGCAGAAUCACUCGCCGCCAGCAGGCUAAAGGUUAAAGAGGCACAGUUCUUUUAUAGUGCAUUUAUAUUCGUUUCUGCAAAAACAUAAGAAAUCGUGCACAUGGAAUAUCAAUUUCUUGAUGAAAUUUACCACGUUGGUUUAAAACGUUAAAAGAUUAAGCAGAGCGCCUUAAUGUUGACGUAUGAAUUAUUUGUAAAAAAUGUAUUUGUUUUUGUUUAGGUCUGUUCCAUUCAGAUUCUUGAUAAAUGGAUGGGAUUUCAAUAUAGUAUAGGCAAACAACACACAGCAGCAGGAUCAAAAUAUGUAAAUAUUUUGUUACAUACAUCAUUACUGUAUGGGUUAUAUUUAAUAAUUCUGGUAUUUAAACUACAAACUUCAUGUACUGACUAUGUCCAAAUGUGGAAAACAUGAAUGUAAAAUUGAACCUUACUAGAAAACCAAGUUCAGUAUAACUUUGAAGCUUUCUGGACUUCAAAAAAGCUUACAUUUUCUGUGUAGCAUUGAAACGGUUUGGAUCUCUUUUUAAAACUUACACAUUCCUGAGAAAAAAACUUACAGCUUCAGAAUACCUCAGAGGCUCUAUGGACCUUUAGAAACACACACAUUUUGUCUGUACUUCUCAGUUAAGAAAACUUACAAGUUCUGUAUUACCCUUAAAACUCUGUGAAGCUCUCCAUAUAAAACGUAAUAGUUUUAUAACCCAGAAGCUAUGUGGACAUCAUAGAAAAUGCACUAUAAAAUCAAUAGUACUUCGAAGAUCUCUGACAACUUACAAGUUAGUGCAGUGAUAUUGUUCUUGAACUAGACUUCAUUUUAUGUAUUCAGAGUGUACAUUUAUUGGCUUGCUUUUAAAGGUCAGAAUGAAGAUUAACAAUGUCCCGAAAGAAAGGCAUAAUGAAAUUUCAAAGGCUUGUAUUUUGAAGUAUAAAAAAUGACUGAAUUUGUAAUUAUAAUGAAAAUAAGAAAGUCUUAAAGUGAAACUUCAAAGAAAAUGAAAUACUGACUGAAAUGAAUUUUUGUUUUUUGUAUGUUUUAACAAAAUGUCUAUUUUCCUAACUGUCUGAAUAAAAAUUAUAUCGAAUUGUUUGAAUACCAUAUUUAUGAUAAUAAACUAUUUUAAAGAUA